CAAAGCAAACCACAUUCUCCUUCCCCCCUUCCAUCGAUCGAUCGAUCCAUCACGAUGGAAACCAGCUCCGAUUCCCUUAAACCCUUGGGCCCCAAGGGCGCCGGGCUGGCUGAAGCUGGCGACGGCGGCACCAUGUUGAAAGCGUCGACGGCGCCUAACAAGCCUCCGCGGCCGGUGGCUUCCCGGUUCGCGAUGCUGACGCGGUUCCACGCCGGAUACUUCCGCAUCAGCCUGGCGCUGAGCGGGCAGGCGCUGCUGUGGCGCACACUGAGCGACAGGUCCACGGACCCGAGCGCGCUGCAUCCCUUGGUGCAGUCCCUGCCGUCGGCGGCGUUCGUGCUGCUCUGGUCGCUGGCGCUGCUCACCCUGUUCGCGCUGUGCGUGCUCUACGUGGCGCGCUGCGUGGUCCGGCUCCCCGCCGUGCGCGCCGAGUUCCGGCACCACGUCGGCAUGAACUACCUGUUCGCGCCCUGGAUCUCGUGGCUGCUGCUGCUGCAGGCCACGCCGUUCCUGCGCCCGGACGCGCCGUCCUACCACAUGCUGUGGUGGGCCUUCUCGCUGCCCAUCCUUGUCCUGGACGUCAAGGUCUACGGCCAGUGGUUCACGCGCGGCAGGAAGUUCCUGUCCAUGGUGGCCAACCCGGCCAGCCACAUGACGGUGAUCGCGAACCUGAUGACGGCGAGGGCGGCGGCGAAGAUGGGGUGGCACGAGGGCGCCGUGGCCAUGUUCGCCGUCGGCGCCGCACACUACCUCGUGCUGUUCGUCACGCUGUACCAGAGGUUCCUCGGCUCCGACUCGCUGCCGGCCAUGCUCCGCCCGGUCUUCUUUCUCUUCUUCGCCGCUCCGAGCAUGGCGUCCCUCGCCUGGUGCUCCAUAUCCAUGUCCUUCGACACCGGCUGCAAGAUGCUCUUCUUCCUCUCCAUGUUCCUCUUCGCCUCCCUGGUGUCCCGGCCGACGCUGUUCAAGCGGGCGAUGCGGCGGUUCAGCGUGGCGUGGUGGGCCUACUCGUUCCCGUUGACGUUGCUGGCGCUGGCGUCGGCGGAGUACGCGCAGGAGGUGAGGGAGCCGGCGGCGAGCGUGCUGAUGCUCGCGCUCGCCGUGCUCUCCGUCCUCGUCACCCUCGCGCUCAUGGUCUUCACCGCGCUCCGGCCCAACGACCUGCUGCCGCACGACGACCCCUUCUUCGCCGCCACGCUGCCCGCGCGCUAGCUAUGUUAGCAUGCAUGUGCAGACACGCGGAUUCUGGUAGCCCGAUCAUGACGUGCCAGCCCGUUUCAUCAGACGUGUACAGAUGCACUUUGUACGUACAGCAGGAUCGGGACGUACGGCGGUAGACGUCGUCUAUACGAUGCGUGUGUUGCAUAUAUCUGUGUCAGUGUGUGCGCGUGUACAUGUAAUGUACGUAAUGCCAGUUAGGGGUGGAGACGUGCACGUGGUGUAACGGUAUGAUUCUUUUUCGCUGUCACGUACCCUGGGGAAUCGGGAUGAUGCCGAUCGGGAGUCCCAGGUUCUGAGCGUACGAAAUGUGCUUAUCCGGUGCGAGGAAAGCUGGACGAUCGAGAUGCUUGAAACUAA